CCCCCCCCCGCCUCUCUCCUCCCCUCCUGCCCGUGUGCCAGACUCCGGUGCCGCCCUAGCCCAUCAUGAACCAACCGAGUGACGUCGUCCUCGAGGGCCCGCUCCUUUACGCGGGCCGGCUCUACCAGGGCUACCUUACUCCGGAAACCUGGAGCCUGACCCAGCUCUCCGACGAGAAGAGCUCGACGGUGUACUUCCAGAUCAGCGACAUCUGGGGCGUGCAUCGAUGCUCCGCCUCGCGAGAUGCCUUCGUCGUGGAGCAGGUGACUCCGGUGGACGUCUUCUCCACGGAUAGCGCCGAGGAGUCGACCCUCCACGCGCGGAGCCUGCGCUUCGUGGUCUUUUCCGAGGACGAGGCCGAGUCCGCCCGGAUGUGUAAUGAGUGGCGCAACGCCCUGAUGUCCCUGGCCCGGCGCCGGCCCUACGAACCCGGUGUGCCGGUGCGCGCACGCCGCGCCAAGGUCAUCUUCAACCCGGUGGCCGGGGUCCCCUCUUCCUCCUCGUCCAACAUGUCCUUCGCCUAUCAGGACCCCUCGCCGGAGUACACUCCCUCCCCUUGGGAGACGGUGCUCGCGGCCUUGACGGACCGCGGGCCUUCGGCUGUGGCGCAUGCCGACGAGCAUGACCUGGCCUUUGCCCGGUCCAACGGCGCGUCCACUCUGCAUGCACUUCGCCGGCUUGCUGCCCUGGCCAACAUGACCUUCGACAUCUCGGAGACCAUGUUCGCCGGGCACGCGCGUGAGAUUGCCCGGUCCUUCUCGCCGUGGGUGGUGCGCGGCCGUGGCCCGGGGACCGCACGGCCCGGAGCCGAUGAGGGCGAGCCCGAGGAGGCCGCGGCGAUUUCCCCUGUCGGCACGGGCUCCGCUGCCGCUGGUGGUGCUCCCCCGCGUCUGUACGACGCGCUGAUCAUUGUCGGUGGUGAUCGCACCGUGGCCGAGGUGGUGCAUGGGCUGCUGUCGCGCCGGACUUGGCCAUUGGCCAAGCUUGUGCCCAUUUGCAUUUUGCCAACUGGCGUCCACAACACCCUGGCCCACUCGCUGGGCUUCCACGAUUUGACCACCUGUGCGCAGACCCUGGUCACCGGUCUGGGCGCCCCGUUGGAUGUUCUGUCCCUCUCGCUGCCGCUGCCUCAGGUCCUGCUUCCGGCCGGGGCCCAGGGGGGCUCCCCGGUGUCCCCGGCCUCGCCGGCCGAUGCGCCGGGUCAGCUGCCACAGCGGCCAGCUCGGAAUAUCUUCUGCCUUGGCGGCAUGGCCUGGGGUGGGGUGGUGUCGCACCCGGCGACAAGCUUCCUCGGGAGCCUGAUGUCUUCCAUUUGGUCGCGAACGGACCGGAACCUGGCGCCGGCCCUCUGCUCGCGAGUGCAGUUCCUCAUCGCCGCGGCUGGGGAAGUGUCCGGCUCGCAGGCCAUCCAACGGCACCUGGACAACCAGGCGACCCAAUUCCUGAAGGAGCACUUUGGUGCUGAUCCGGUCUCGGUGGCCGACAUGACCAAGCUCACCGGGCAGCCGCUUCUGCCGGACGAGUCGGAGUACCCCUCGGAGCUGGACCAUGAGCACAUCGACUCGAGCGACAUCGUCUCCGACGCCAUGCGCUAUGCCGGCCCCGAGCAGCUUCCCUUCGACCAGAUCCCGGCGGACGAUUACAACAUGAUUUCUCUCAAGGGUGAGGACGUCUGGGGUGUGGUGGUUUCCAACACGUGCGCCCCGGUGCACAACACGGCCGCCCCGCACAUCCGGGCCACCACUCAGUCGUCCCCCUUCGAUGGGCAUCUGGAUCUGGCGGUGCUGCGCAACACCGGUAAUCCCACGCGUCAGAUGUACCGCCUGUGCCGAGACACGGGGGGUCCUCUGUCACCGGCUCUUGCUACCGAUCGGCGGGACGCCCCGCCGGAGGCCGUCGCCGGCGACGACGAGAUCAUCUUCCGCCGGGUGGAUGCGGUUCGUUUGUGCGGCGUGACAUCGGCCGGCUUCCAGCUGGCCCAUACCCACACCAACUCCUCCUCCAACAGCCCUGGGACCGACCACCACUCGGCGGGGGCGGCCCCACCGCGGCACCCGGCGCCCGCCAUCGACCCGGAUCAGCCACUGGGCGAUAUCAUCAUCACCCCGCUCGUUGGUGUCCUGACCGUGUUGCAGCCCUUCCACGGGGCUUGAGAGCCCGUCUUCCCCAAAGGUGGGGGACAGGGAGGGAGAGAGAGAAAGAAAGACAUGGUCACGCGUGCGCUUCCCGGCCGGGCGCCUCCUCCCCUCCAUGCCUGUUGGCCUCGGCUGCCGAUAUGUGGCGGGAUGUAGCCACAUGUAUCGAAAUAAACAUGCAUUCUAUUGCCA